CAAACGUUUCCAGUUCAAAUUUGUACCUCUAGAUUGUAAUAACUUCUCUCGUCGGUUGGGUCUCGCGUUCUUUGAAAAUUGUCGACAGUACUAAUUGAUCGCGGAAUAGUUCUGGCCGGGCAGACGAUCCUUCGCCGCUUCAACCGUUUUGAAGCUUCAAACGGGAAAGUGAAAUAGAAUCCGUGAGCAAUGUGAUUCCAAGUUUCGACAUAGUUUUCAAAUAACGUUUAAUCAACUUCGACUAACUGUUACCCUGAAGUGGCAACCACGGAAAGUCAGUUAUUUGUAUUGUCAUCGAUUGGAAUCUUCUGCAGAAGAGCGUGAACUAGAACUGCAACAAAGUGCAGCAGAAAACAAAACGUGACCAACUGUGUGGGCGCAGAAUGGUAAACAGCCCGUGGUAGUUCUGUGGCAGCAAAAGGUUAAGACCUACCUACCCGUAGCGAUCUGCAGAACAUCGCAUCUGAAACUUGGACUCAGAAGCAGCAACGAUUUUUAGACCGCGGGGAAGUGCCAACCUCUGUGGAGGAUCAUGAAAAUAAAAAUGAAUCUUCUGCUCUCAACACUCUUGAUGUUUGCUGCUAUCCAGAUGCAGACCUUUGCCAAGCUGAUCAAACAAAAACGAUUACUGUACGACCUUGCCGAUCCCUUCGUUUCGGUAACCGAAGCAACUUCAUACUACCACCCGUCAACGUUCCAACCAUCGACCAUUUACUCUACCGGUGCACCCGUGCUCGAUCAAAUAAUCAAACCGAUCCCAUCGAGCCUUCCGUCCUACCAUUCCAACCCGUCGCUGCACACCAUCUACAAAAACAAUUACUUUGAAUACUCCAACUACGGUUCACCGUUCCAAUUCAUCGGUGGUAACCAUCUGGGAUUCAACGACGAAGAAACCUACAUCGCCGAUGGGCGUAUUCUCAAGCAGUACUCCGUCCUAGAACAUCACCCGGAGGAAAUCGAACGGCACCGUUUGCUACAGCCGGAUAACUUGGACCCAUCCUUCUAUAACACCGAAUUUCCACCGACCGUGUACAACCGUCCGCUCAACUUGCCAUACUCCACCACGAUCGGUUUCAAUCCGCGACUCGGAUUGCCACUGACCAACCGUUCGCCAUUGCUAACGAAAAACCAUGGUCCCGUUGCACUCGGGUCGGGAUCACUCGGAUACAUCCACGGUCCCAAUGGGGUUGCCCUCGGGUCUGGAUCCCUCGGGUACGUCAGCCAUCAGCAACACCGUGACAGUCUUUCCGAGAUUUUGGCUCGCAGAAGCCAGAUCCGCAAGCCCGGACCGUUGCAAUUCGGCCACAAUCAUGAUUGAGAAUGGAAUAAUGGUGUAAUAUACGCGUUACGCAGUGAAGGUUGUUCCUAGCAGAAAUUGAAAUGCCGCAAGUUCGUUAGCAGAAAAUGCAUUUGACGUAUAUAAUCGAUUCCGUAGGGGAAAGCGUUAGUGCAUUAGUUACCGUCCAACAGCAGCAGCAGCAGUAGUAGUAAUUUUUUCAUCGUUGAAAAUUAAACGCUUUUUGUACAUAGUUGCAUCUAUGAGAUUUAUUUUAGAAUGAAUGAACGAAAACGGUAAAUUAAUUACUUUUUAUUAACUUGCUAUAUGUUCAUACGCCAAAUUGAUAUAUUGAAUUUAAUGUACAAUAAAUGAAUUUAUAUACACUGACAACCACACCUAUCAUUU